UUCUUUUAUACACACAAGAGAAAGGUGUGACUUUAGUUUUCUACUUUUACAUGCAGACUUUGUUCAAGAAAUAUGAUCAACGGUCUUAUCGUACAUUACAGGUUCUGACUAACAAUGAUUCAUCAAAAUUAGUAAAAUUUAGGAGUGGGUCCGGAUAUCAGUAUUUCAUGGACUACUUGUCUUCUUUCCCUUACUAUAAAUUUGCUUCUUUUUCAGCUGCAAAACAACCAUACAUACACAUCCAUUUCAAAAUUUGAUAAACUAACAUCUUAGUUAAAGAAAAGCCUUUUCAACCGCAUUGCAUGGGGCCUUGUUCACACCUGAUUUUAGCUCCACCAUCAUCAUCUUUUUCCAUGCACACGUUCAUCCUUCUCUGCUGCUUUGGGUUUUUUUUCACCUCUGUGCUUGGUAAGAAUAAUGAGACAGACCGGUUGGCAUUGCUCGACUUCAAAGCCAAGAUUAGUAAAGAUCCUCUCGGGGUCAUGAGCUCUUGGAAUGAUAGCAUCCACUUUUGCCAAUGGAAAGGUGUUUCCUGUGGUCGCCGACAUCAAAGGGUCACUGCGUUGGACCUGCACUCUCAAAAACUGGUAGGCUCUAUAUCCCCGAAUGUUGGAAAUUUAAGUUUUUUGUGGAAGCUAAACCUUGAAAACAAUAGCUUUUAUAAUGAAAUUCCUCCAGAAAUUGGCCGUUUGCACAGACUAGAAGUCUUGCUAUUGAACAAUAACACAAUAGGUGGAACAAUUCCUACCAAUUUAUCCAGUUGUGCCAAACUUAGAGUGUUUCAUUUGGCUGUUAACAAUCUGGUUGGAGAAAUCCCCAUAGAGCUUGGCACCUUGUCAAAGCUCCGAUUCUUUGCUAUUCAUAAAAAUAGUUUGACAGGAAUUAUCCCACCUUCUUUUGGAAACUUAUCAUCUCUGGAAGGUUUUUGUGCAGCUUAUAAUAAGCUGGGUGGGAGUAUCCCUGAUUCUUUUGGCCAAUUGACCAAACUUAAAAUCUUUGCUGUGGGUUCAAAUAGGUUGUCUGGUACAAUUCCUCCCUUACUCUUCAAUCUCUCUUCAAUAACAAAGAUUGAUGUAGCAGUUAACCAAAUCCAAGGGCAUCUUCCAUCGGACAUAGGUAUCACUCUACCAAAUUUAGAAACAUUUACCAUCAGCAACAACCAGUUUAUUGGAUCUAUCCCUAUUUCAAUAUCCAGUGCCUCAAAUUUAUGUAUACUAAAUUUGGCCGAGAAUAAACUAACUGGAAAAGUUCCUUCUUUAGAGAAGCUAAAUAGAGUGAGGUUGUUUUCCAUUGCUGAAAACCAGCUUGGAAAUGGAGGAGCAAAUGACUUGAGUUUUCUCUGUUCUUUGUCAAAUGCUACCAACCUAAGAGAUUUGGAGAUAAAUACCAACAACUUUGGGGGGGAGUUGCCUAAAUGUAUUGGCAACAUCUCAACUAGUCUUACCUUUUUCUAUUUGAAUAAUAAUAAAAUAUCUGGAAAUAUUCCUAGUAUUAUAGGGAAUCUGAUCAAUCUGGAGGAUAUAGAAAUGUGGAACAAUAAAUUUUCAGGUAACAUCCCCUCUAUACUUGGAAACCUUCAUAAAUUACAAUUUUUGGAUUUAUCUCAAAACAAUUUCAUUGGGAACAUCCCAUCCUCUCUUGGAAAUUUAACAAAUUUGUUGGAGUUGUAUUUAGGAGAAAAUAAUCUUCAGGGAAGCAUCCCAUCAAGUCUAAGUCAAUGCCAAAAUUUGAUAACUUUUCAUCUUUCCCAUAACAAUCUUAGUGGUAUCAUAUCCUCGCAAGUUAUUGGUCUCUCAUUUUCACUAAAUAGCCUUGACUUGUCUAGCAACCAAUUCAUUGGUGUCCUUCCCAUGGAAAUAGGAAAUUUGAAAAAUUUAGAACAUUUGGAUAUUUCUGAAAAUAUGUUGUUUGGUAAAAUACCGGCAAGUCUUGCAAGUUGUGUAAAGCUAGAAUUUCUAGCCAUGAGAAGAAACUUUUUCCAAGGGGUUGUUCCUUCAUCUUGGGAAUCAUUAAGAGGUCUUGAACAUUUAGACCUUUCUAACAACAAUUUUUCUGGCAUGAUUCCAAAAUUUUUGGAGAGUUUUGAUUUCUUAAAAUUAGUGAAUCUCUCGUACAACCAUUUUGAGGGUGAGGUACCAACAAAUGGAGUUUUCAAGAAUGCAAGUGCAACUUCGAUUAAGGGAAAUGGUAAGCUUUGUGGGGGCAUACCAAAGUUUCAACUUCCUAACUGCAACAACAAAAAAUCCAGGAAAAAGUUUACUCCUAUGUUGAAGUUAAUUAUCUUUAUAAUAUUUGGGCUUCUUGGCAUAUCUUUGAUUCUAUCAUCUCUAUUCCUUUGUUCUUUAAGAAAGAAAAGGAAAGAAAAUACCUCAAGCAAUUCAAUAAAUUUGCUUUUGGAUGUAUCUUACCAAAGUCUCCUAAAUGCCACUGAUGGAUUCUCUUCUGCUAAUUUAGUUGGUGUGGGUAGUUUUGGGUCAGUGUAUAAAGGAAUUCUUAAUCAGUAUAGACAUACAGUUGCUAUCAAGGUGCUAAACCUUGCACGUCGUGGAGCUUCCAAAAGUUUCAAAGCAGAGUUUGAGUCUCUAAGAAACAUUGAGCACCAGAAUCUUGUAAAGCUACUCACAGCAUAUUCAGGUAUUGAUGAUCAAGGUCAAGAUUUUAAGGCUUUGGUAUAUGAGUUCUUUGGAAAUGGCGACCUAGAUGAGUGGUUACAUUCAAUGCCAAUAACUAAUGAGUCUUUUGAGAAUCCAAGGAAAUUGAGUCUUAUUCAAAGACUAAAUAUCGCCAUUGAUAUUGCUACUGCAUUGGAUUAUCUUCAUCAUCAUUGCCAAACACCAAUUGUUCACUGUGACCUCAAACCUAGCAAUGUUCUUCUUGAUGAUAAAAUGAUUGGACAUGUAAGUGACUUUGGCUUGGCAAAAUUCCUUCAUGCUAUCAUCCAAGAUUCUUCUGCUAAUCAAUCAAGCUCAAUUGUGGUCAGAGGAACAAUCGGUUAUACUCCUCCAGAGUAUGGUAUGGGAAACGAGGUAUCAAUACGUGGUGAUGUUUAUAGUUAUGGCAUAUUAUUGUUAGAGAUGUUCACAGGAAAAAGGCCUACUGAUAGCAUCUUUAUCAACAGCUUAAAUCUUCGUGACUUUGUUAAAGCAAAUUUACCGGAACGAAUAAUUGACAUUAUAGAUCCUAAUCUUCCUUGGGAAAGACAAGAGGGAGAAAUAAGAAUGAAUGACACUUGCAAUGAGGAUCAAAAUGGAAGUCUCAAUAUUCAAGAAUGCUUGAUUUUGAUACUCGAAAUUGGACUUGCUUGUUGCACAGAAGUUCCAAGAGAAAGGAUGGACAUCACUGAUGCUUUAGUUGAAUUGCAUUUAAUUCGACAAAACCUUUUAGAACCUGAUAAAGACUUCAAGCUACAGGUGCACUACACUGAAUGUUGAAGCUCAUUAUUCUAAUACUUUGACAUCAUGUUCGGGUGUAUUUGGUGUUUUUAGCACAUUUGGAGGUAACUUGGGGAGAUUUUUUUUUUUUUUUUUUUGUUAAAGAAUAUAUUAUUUAUGGUUUGCUAUGUGUAAUGACCCAAGAGGCCCAAUUAUGUUGUAGAUCCUAAAUAUGGCUAAGCCUAUUUCCUAGUUUUUAUAUAUAUCUUGCUUAGGAUUCAUUGUAAACAA